AUGAUGACCAAGACUCUGGAAGCAGAUAACAGGACAGCAACAACACAUUUCAUUCUUCUGGGAUUUCCAACACGACCAGCCUUCCAGCUUCUUCUCUUCUCUGUUUUCCUGGCAACCUACCUGUUGACACUGCUUGAGAACCUUCUAAUCAUCAUAGCCAUUCGAAGUGACGGGCAGUUGCACAAGCCCAUGUAUUUCUUUCUGAGCCACCUCUCUUUCCUGGAGAUGUGGUAUGUCACAGUCAUCAGCCCCAGGAUGCUGGUAGACUUCCUCAGCCAUGAUAAAAGCAUUUCCUUCAAUGGCUGCAUGACUCAACUUUACUUCUUUGUAACCUUUGUCUGCACUGAGUACAUCCUUCUUGCUGUCAUGGCCUUUGACCGCUAUGUAGCCAUUUGUAACCCACUACGUUACCCAGUUAUCAUGAACAAUCAACUUUGUGGUACAAUGGCUGGAGGAUGCUGGUUCUGUGGACUUGUGACUGCCAUGAUAAAGAUGCUUUUCAUAGCCCGACUUCACUACUGUGGCACACCCAAUAUCAAUCACUACUUUUGUGAUAUCUCUCCACUCCUCAACGUCUCCUGUGAGGACUCCUCACAGGCUGAGCUGGUGGACUUCUUCUUGGCCCUUAUGGUCAUUGCUGUUCCACUUUGUGUAGUGGUCACUUCAUAUGUCACCAUCCUCACCACCAUUCUCAAGAUCCCGUCUUCUCAAGGCCGUCAAAAGGCAUUCUCCACCUGUGCAUCCCACCUGACAGUGGUGAGUCUCUUCUACUCCACAACCCUUUUCACCUAUGCCCGCCCCAAGCUCAUGUAUGCCUACAAUUCCAACAAAAUGGUAUCUGUUCUCUACACCGUCGUCGUUCCACUCCUCAACCCCAUCAUUUACUGUCUGAGGAACCGUGAAGUAAAAGCAUCUCUAAAAAAGACUAUACUCUGCCAUGGAAUUGGGCCUAGGGGAGAUGAGACUGUCAGUAGUUAA